UUGGGCGUUACGGCGAGAAUUGCCGCCUGCAGACGGAUCCUCUUGGAGCGGAAGGAAGCGGAGGGAGAGAGAGGACGACAGAGAGGGAACAGCAGCGAGAAGACAACAGCAGAGAGAAGAAAAGAAAGAGAACAAAAAAAAAAAAGAGAGUCGGCUUUGCAGUAUUUUACUCAUUUGGGAUUACUUUGCAAUGCCAAAGGCUCAAGCCAAGACCGAGUUCCCCGCAGACGAGGCUCUGGACUCCGACGAUCCCCCGUCUGAGGACAGUGAGCACAGCGAGUUCGACUCAGAGAGCGAGUUGGUGUAUUCACAAGGCCUUGGCGCCACUUCAGAGGGGUCAGAGGAUAGCAGUUCAGACUGGGAGCCUCACACAAAACCAUCUUCCUCAAAGAGACCACGGCGCUCCUCCUCUGCUGCCACCGGUGAUACCUCCACUCCUACACCCAAUGGAUCAGGACACAAUGCUGCCACCACACCCACCACUGGACAGGAACGUGCCGCCAGACGUGCUCGGGGUAGAGGUAGACCCAGAGGCGGAGGAGGAAGGUUGCAGAGAGCAUCUGACCCUCCUCAUUCCCCCCUCCCAGAACAGCCGUGGCAGUUGGGUGAGGAUGAAGACGUUGAGCCUGCUCCAUUGAUAUUCUCGCCAGUAAGGCAGCCGGGACCGCAGCAAACCACCAGGGAUGCCCAGACACCACUCGACUUUUUCAAGUUAUUUUUUACAGAUGCGGUGCUGGAGUGUUUGGUGGCAAACACCAAUUCUUAUGGUCAACAAAAACAGCACGGGAAGAGAGAUGCGUGGCGUGACAUCACUAUCGGGGACUUUCUAUCAUUCUUGAGCAUGGUCAUUUACAUUGGACUUGUGAAGUGUUUGACUUUUAAGGAUUAUUGGAAAGUGUCCCGCAUAUAUGGCUUACCAUUCCCAGCCUCCGUCAUCUCCCGCAACAAAUUUUUGAGCAUUUGUAGAGCCCUCCACAUGAGCAGUCUCACAGCUGAUGCAGAUAAUGAUGCUAAGAGGAGGACACCUGGCUAUGAUAGGCUCUGCAAGAUCAAGCCCCUCUACCACAGCAUUAACAGUGCCUGCAAGGCUCACUUCCAGCCGGAACAGAACAUCUCUAUAGACGAGAGGAUGGUGGCAUCGAGGGCACAAAUUGGACUGAAACAGUACAUUCGCACAAAGUGGGGGUACAAGUUGUUUGUACUCACUGAUUCCAAUUCAGGCUACACCUGGAACUUCUCUGUCUACGAGGGGAAGUCAUCUGGCUCUGGGAAGGGCCUCAGCUACGACUCUGUGAUGUCCGUCAUGGACUUCGACAGCUUGGGGACCGGUUAUCACCUUUAUGUUGAUAACUUCUACACCAGUUCCCAGCUGUUCCAGGACCUGCUGGCAAAGCAGAUUGGGGCCUGUGGUAUCAUCUGGCCGAACCGAGCUGGUUUCCCCAGAAGCCAGGCAAAUGACUUCACCAGAGAUACUCCAUGCGGUGCCAUCAGGUGGAUCAGGGACGCCAGUCUGCUUUUUGUCAAGUGGAUGGACUCUCGUGAGGUAGCGGUGUGUUCCACUAUCCACAGGGCUUUCAAUGGAGACACAGCCAGUAGGAGGGUGAAGACGGCUGGACAAUGGGUGCAAACUGAUGUCCCUAUCCCGGCUGCAAUCAAGGACUAUAACGAGCAUAUAGGUGGUUUUGACCUGUCUGAUUCCCUCAUAGGUUGCAGUAGCAUUAUCCACAAGUCCAGGACGUGGUACUGGAACUUCUUCUAUCACUUUUUGGAUAUCGCUGUGGUCAACGCGUACGUUUUGCAUCAGCAGUGUAGGCGGGGUCCUGCUAUGACCCAGAAGGAGUUUCGGCAGGCACUUGUUGAAGAGCUGGCAGACAAGGGCUCUGUGUCUACGUCUAAGCGUUCAACUACAAGAUUCAUCACAGUCCCUGCCCAACCGGCUUCACACACGCUGCACUACUUCACAGAGGGACAGAACGUGGCAAAGAGCGUGGCCAGCUCUGCAGGGAGAAGGAAGUGUGUCCUCUGCCAUAAGAAGACACCAGUUGGCUGUAGGAGCUGUGAUGUGGCCUUGUGCUUUGUGGCAACAAGGGACUGUUACAACACCUGGCACACAGAGAAAGGACUGUAAACUCGGCAAACUGAGAACAAUACCAGGACUGCCUUAGAUCCGGCAUCGCCAGCGUCAUUUCACUCUUUGUAUAUAAUUAUUUUAUUUUGUAUAUAGUUAUAUAUUUGUUCAUUUUUGGUCACUUUCUAUAUUUUUGGUAAUUUUUUAUUUUGUAAAUAGUUCAAACAAGUGUGA